ACUGCCGGGGACAACGGGGCGCCAGGGGCGUGCGGGGAAGCCUCCGCGCAUGCGCAGUGAGGCCUGUCUGACCGACCUUCAGCAGGGCCAGUAGCACCAUGUUCUCUCGGGCGGCCGUCGGUGGCCUCUCGGCCUGGGCCGUGCAGCCGCAAUGGAUCCAAGUUCGAAAUAUGGCAACUUUGAAAGAUAUUACCAGGCGACUAAAGUCGAUCAAAAACAUCCAGAAAAUUACCAAGUCUAUGAAAAUGGUAGCAGCAGCCAAAUAUGCCCGAGCUGAGAGGGAGCUGAAACCAGCCCGCGUGUAUGGAAUAGGGUCUCUGGCUCUGUAUGAAAAAGCUGAUAUUAAGGCGCCUGAAGACAAGAAAAAACACCUCCUUAUUGGUGUGUCCUCAGAUCGAGGGCUGUGUGGUGCUAUUCAUUCCUCGGUUGCUAAGCAGAUGAAGAGUGAGGUAGCCACGCUCACGGCAGCCGGGAAGGAAGUUAUGAUUGUUGGAGUUGGUGAUAAAAUCAGGGGUAUACUUCAAAGGACUCACUCUGACCAGUUUCUGGUGACAUUCAAAGAAGUGGGAAGAAAACCCCCUACUUUUGGAGAUGCAUCAGUCAUUGCCCUGGAGUUAUUAAAUUCUGGAUAUGAAUUUGAUGAAGGAUCUAUCAUCUUUAAUCGAUUCAAGUCUGUCAUCUCGUACAAGACAGAAGAAAAGCCCAUCUUUUCGCUUGAUACCGUUGCAAGUGCUGAGAGCAUGAGUAUCUACGAUGAUAUUGAUGCUGAUGUGCUGAAGAAUUACCAAGAAUACAGUCUGGCCAACAUCAUCUACUAUUCUCUAAAGGAAUCCACCACGAGUGAGCAGAGUGCCCGGAUGACGGCCAUGGACAACGCUAGCAAGAAUGCCUCUGAGAUGAUUGACAAAUUGACUUUGACAUUCAAUCGUACCCGCCAAGCUGUCAUCACAAAAGAGUUGAUUGAAAUCAUCUCUGGUGCUGCAGCUCUGUAAAGAAGGAAAAUUCAGUCGGCUGAUUUUGUUUUUAGCUUACUGCUGUCCUGUCAGAAGAAAUUGUUGGCCCAUUGUUUAAAUUACUAAAGACAGCAAGAUAUUUGUAAAUUAUCUUAUAAUAAACAACUUACCAUAA